AUGUCCUAGUGGUCCUCAAUCAACUCUCAGUUGUCCCAAAUCAUCUUACUGUGGUCUCCUGGUGGUCAACCGUGUCCUGACGGUCCCCAAACAUCUCCUGGUGGUUCUCAAUCAUCUCCUUGUGAUCCCCAGUCAUCCCCUGGUCUCCAGGUACAUCCAAGUGGUCCCCAGUCAUCUGCCAAUGACUCUGGUGGUCACCCAACAUUCCCUGCUCAUCUAUUAGUAGUCCCAGGUGGGGGACUACAGAUGUUCCCAAACAUCUCCUGGUCACCCAACAUCCCUUGGUGGCCCCUACUCAAUUCCUGGAGUCCUCAGGCAUCCCCUGGGUGCCUCCACGAUCUCCCGUUGCCCACCAGUGCCCCCAGCCCGGUGUCCCAGCAGGAGUGGAGCGAGGAGCUGGCACAGCUGGCGGUAGCGCGGGUGGCAGGCUGCCUGGAGGGCCCCGCUCCUCCUCCAGCCCCACAGCUUGGCUGGAGCGAGGCCUUGCUGCCGGUGGGUGCCGGGGGCUUCGUCGAGCUGCUGGAGCGCUGGUUUGCCGAGGGCCGACGCUACGACUAUGGAGCGGCACGCUGUGCUGGUAAUGCCACCUGCCGCCAUUACACCCAGCUGGUGUGGGCCACUGCACGGCGGCUGGGCUGCGGCAGGCAGCUGUGUGCGGGGAGCCGGGGCCGCAGCCAGGCCUUUGCCUGCGCCUACUCACCUGGGGGGAACUGGGAACUGGCCGGAGCCCCCAUCGCCCCCUACCAGCAUGGGCCCUGGUGCUCGCUGUGCACCGCCGGCCUUUCAGGCUGCUUCAAGUCCUGGGACCACGGCGGUGGGCUCUGCGAGGUCCCCAGGAACCCGUGUCGCAUGAGCUGCAGGAACGGUGCACACCUCAAUGUCAGCAGCUGCCAGUGUGCCUGUGCCCCCGGCUACACCGGGCGCUUCUGCCAAGUGCGGUGCAGCGUGCGGUGCCUCCACGGGAAGUUCCGGCAGGAGGAGUGCUCCUGCCUCUGUGAUGCUGGCUAUGGCGGUGCUGAGUGCGGCACCAGGGUCCCAUUCCCUUUCCAUGCCUGCGAUGUGAGGAUCGACGGUGACUGCUUCACCGUUUCCCCCGAGGCUGACACAUACUAUGGGGCCAAAGCCAAGUGCCAGGAGAAAGGGGCUAUGCUGGCUCAGAUCAGGAACCAGAAGGUGCAGGAUAUCCUAGCCUUCUACCUCAGCCGCCUGGAGAGCAGCAACAGGGUGAUGGACAACGACUUUGACACCUGUAACUUCUGGAUUGGUCUCACCUACAAGACAUCCAAGGCUUCGUUCCGCUGGGACACGGGAGAUCCUUCUGCCUUCACCAGCUUUGCUUUUGGGCAGCCAGACAACCAGGGGUUUGGGAACUGCGUGGAGAUGCAGGCAGCAGCUGCUUUCAACUGGAACGACCAACGCUGCAAGACCCGAAACCGCUACAUCUGCCAGUUCGCCCAGGAGCACAUCUCCCGAUGGCAGCGGGCCCCCUGA